CCAUCUUGUCCGGACAGAAGUGCUGGGAGUUUAGGCCUAGUCACUGACACCGCUCAUUGUGUAACUGUUCUAUUUAUAAGUCAAAGGGAGGUAAUGCCGGUUAAAUUCAAGCGUUAAAAGUGUGUACGGUCUUAUAAAACCAGAGUGAGCAGUCCAGAUUUGUUUAUGUUGACUUAGACCUAGAUCUACAUAGUUAAAAGGAAUGUUCAAUUCUGAUAAGCAAUGAGAAGGAUAUGAAUCAAAACAUUGGACUAUAUACUACUAUUACAUUAGUUUACUUUUGUAAGAACUCAGGAUAUUAGAGGUCAGUGACGAUUUCAAAAACCCACGGGAAGUUAGAGACAAGAAUUUCUUUGUACCUUGGGAGAACUGUGUGUGUCUCUCUCAGGGCAUGAACAGACCAAGUCCACAGUGACAAAUGGAAAACAAUGCCCCUCACAUAAUAAGCUUGUUGUGGAAUGGCUCCUAACAAUGACGUUGUGACAUGCUGACGGAGUGAGAAGACCAAGCGCCUGGUAACUGAAACGUUUGACUUCAGUCACAAGUGUCACUGUUUCUUGGGCUAACAAAGGCUUCAUUUGUUUAUGAUCGGCACUUCUUGAAGAUAUGACCAUGGAAAUACAAACACUCAAUGUCGCACAACUUCAGUACCUUGUAAUAUUUAUUUCAACGGCUAUCUCGCACGUGUCAUGCUUCUGUGGUGAAACUAUUUAUGAUAGACUCGAUUCCUGCAUAGAGAGCUUAUCCUUUGAGUCUAUCGGUUCUAGCAAUAUAGGAAGCAGCCUAUUGGAUAGGAAUAGCGAUUUGACACAUUUACGUGACAAGUGUGGAAAUGGAGAUUUUUUUAAUGCUAUAAACUGUAUGGAGCGAACUAUUGACGAAUGUAAAUAUGCAACAACAGAUGAAGCCCAGGACGUUCGAACUAUGAUAAAUAUAGAGCGUGCUAGGAACACCAUCCAAUAUUUCUGUACACACUUUAAAGUGUACGAAAGACAUUGGCAGUGUAUAACUGGUCACCAUGAAGAGGUGACCCAAUGUGCAGGGCCCUCUACAGCUCUUUUUCAAACCCAGAUGGAGGCAACAUCCAACAAGGAUUCCCAGACCUUUCAAUGCAGAUUAAGCUCCUCCAUCUUAGAUUGUAAUUUAAAAGUGUUGAGAGACCAGUGCUCCAGUGAAGCUGUAGACUUUGUACAAACUGUUAUGGAAGGAUUUCAACCAUCCUUUUGUGCCUCACUCAACACUGGCAAAUCCUCUGGAACUUAUGGCCUGGUGAAGGAUGAGAACAAAGCACAAAACAUUGGUCCAAGCAGUUUCUUGCUGCUCUUCAUUGUCAUCUACUGGACCAUUGCAACUUAAAGGGGGGGAAACUCCAAGAACAAACAAAUAAGUGGAUGGGGAAGUUUGUUAUAUGUAGCCUAGUUUUCAGUUUAUCUUGAGUGAAGUCUCAACAAUUUUCCAGUUUUUGUUAUCAAUAAAAAAAAAAUAUAUUGUAGAGAAAACAUAUAAAGAUGAACAGAGAAUUUGUGUCUAGAAUGAUAUUGAGUACUGAAAAAAAAAAUUAUCUGGAUAAAAAACAACUUCCCAGUGGGCAAGUUCUUGUCAGCUUCACAAGUAGUCUUCAAAAGAAUUAGUUUUUAAAGGUGUACUACUGUUCUGUCCAUUGAUGCAGUGUUAUGAUGCUAUACAUCUCCAGUGACAACCACCUUACAGAGAAGCACCCAUGCAUGAUUUAGUUUCCAAUAAUAAUAAUAAUAAUCAGACAUUUGAGGCUUGAUACAUUCCCAUAGACAUUUUACAAUGUGUUAUUUCAGUAACACAGCCUACAUUAAGGUUCAUAUACCAAAAAAAACUUUUUUUAAAAAGAUAUAUAUUCCUAUAUUCUUUGCCCAAUUAUCUACACUGUCUACCAUUAUGCAAUCAAUUUAAAUUAUGUUGUUUUCUUUUAAAUAUUACUCUCCCUUUGCAAUUUGAGUUUUUUUGUUUUGUUGUUGUGUUGUGAUAAAUUAUGAACUUACAUUUGAGAAUUGUUUCAUUAGGAUUUUUAAAUGAUUAAUUUGUGAUAAGUAGGCAUGACACCAUCUUAUAAAUUAUCUGGCAAAAAAAAAAAGUCAAUUUUGGGGAUAUAAUAAUAUCAAUGAAGCCAAGAAUCAUCCAAAUGGAUAUCAAACAUUUGUAAAUGUUGCUUAGUAAAUUGUAAUAUUUCAUACUUCUUUAAAUUUAAGCAUUAGAUUUUUUAGCCAAUGAGCUAGAUUAUGUACUAUUUUUAAUUUGGUAAUAAAUAUUUUGUGAAUAAA